AUGAGCGGUGGAGGCAGUCGCCGCGGUGGUGGCGGGGAAGGAGACAUUCAUGCGGCGGCGAGGUCCGGUGAUCUUACUGCACUUCAGUUACUCCUCGGCUCAAAUCCGCUGGCUAUUAACUCUAGAGAUAAGCACUCUAGAACCCCCUUGCAUUUGGCAGCAUGGGCAGGGCAUGCACAGGUAGUAAGUUAUCUCUGCAAGCAUAAGGCUGAUGUUGGUGCUGCUGCCAUGGAUGACAUGGGAGCAAUUCACUUUGCGGCCCAAAAGGGUCAUUUAGAGGCUGUCCGCAGUCUGGUUCAAUCAGGAGCUUCCAUCAAAGCAUUCACGAGAAAGGGACUUACUCCACUCCACUACGCUAUCCAAGGUUCACACCUGGAGCUAGUCAAGUAUUUGAUUAAAAAAGGUGCAGACCUUAACGUGAAGACGAAGGCUGGAAGGACCCCUCUAGAUAUUGCGGAAAAAGAGGAUAUACGCUUGUUCCUUGAAGAAUCCGAACGUUCCUCAAAGACAGAGAACACAAAUCCUAAAAUGAAGGCUGGUGGCCAGUCAGAUUCCGAGCCAUUGGCUGAAAAAGAUAAACCAGACGAAUCCAAUCCCGAAGCUGCUGCUGCUGCUGCUGCUGCCAGUGAGCAAGAUGAGGAGGGGCAAGAAGAAGGGGUUAAGAGGAAAGUUGAAUCCAAGGGAGAUAAAGGGGAAGCUGCAGUGCAUCCUGUGACAAAACGCCCGCGAGUAGCACUUAACCAUCUUCACACUGCGGAUGACACUGAAGAAGAGGAGACCUAG